GGAACAUCUCAUGGUAAUGUAAAAGAAGCAAAAGAUAUUUAAUAAAGCCAUGCAAAAUCAACAAGUCAGCAGAUGGCCUUUUGGGCAGGAGCAGUUCACAUGCCAAAUCUGCAAAUUUUCGUGUGACACAUUUUCUAGACUCCAGGCCCAUUUCCAAGAGAAGAAUCAUAACCCGGGUACCAAUGCACAGGCAGUAUGGAGUGAAAGACCACUUAAUAAGCCAGGAUGGUGGAACAACAAACCCCAAAAAUCUAUGCAUUCCCUAAGAGAUUAUAUAAAUAGACCAGACAGAGAGCCUCUCAUUGGGUUGGAAUAUGUCACUGAAUACAAACAAAAGAAAACAGAUAAAAUUGAGACAAAAUACAAAUGUGAGAUCUGUGAUGUGGAUUCCGAGUUAGCUCCCAUGAUAGAGCAUCUUACGGGCUCGAGACAUAGGAAGCUAUAUUUGGCAAGAGAGUAUCCAUUUGUGUUGAAAGCUCCAUUCAACAAAGACCUGGCUUCGUUCAUGAAGAGAAUGGCUCUAGAAAUUGAGCAGGAAGAGGGGAUCAAGAUGUACAAGAUUGAUCCGGCAACCAAACUGGAAUCAUUGCUGACUUUAAAAGUACCUCAGCUGAAAAAAUCACAAAGGAAAUCAAGGUGGGAUAUUGAAGGAAAUAGUGAAUCAAGAAAGAAGAAAGCUUUAGAAUAUUUGGAAAACUUUAAUAUUGAAUCAGAGUCCGAAGCAACUAAAGUUACAAAUCUCACAGAUAAGUUAACAGAAGGCUUAAAAGUAUACACUGCAAAAGCGAAUGAAGAAUCUCUUUUUCCUGCUAGAGUUGCAAAAGCAAAAGAUGUGGCUGUAGCAAUAAUACAGAAUUCAUUGAUGGAACGAAAUACUGUUAAAUCGAGCCAGAAGAAAAUGCCAGGGAACAACCCGCCAUUCAACCCAAACACUGCAGAAAAUAUGAUAAUGAAACAGAGCUUGGGCGCUCAAGGUCACCUUCCAAAUCCAAUUAUUCAUGGCACAGGGACAAACCAGCUGAUGAAUUUGGGAACUCCACUACAUGAAAACAAUAGUAGUAUUAGUUUCAUCCAAAGGCCAAAUCAAUUGGAAGGCUUUUUGCCUAAUCCUAGAGACAAUAUUCAGAACUGCCCUCAACCUGAACUUGUUCCUGAAAAUGAAUUGAGCUCAGAAGAUAUUGUAUUUUUCAAAAAAUUAAGGACAUUAUUGAAUGCUUUACCCACAGACAACCAGAACACUGGAAACAUGCAGCUGGAUAAAAAACUAAUGUUGUUAAAAACAUUGUUGCAAGAUAAUAAUCCAAACAUGGACACUGCACAAGUAAACCAGGAUCUGAUGACACAACUUGCUUCCUUGGUCAGGGAUAAUACAGCUCCAGGUGGACUUGGCAUGGGAAAUCCAAACUUGAAUUCACUAAUGCAGGUGGCUUCUUUGCUCCAAAACACAUUUAAUACCCCAAUGGGAGAUCGUUCUGCAUUGCUAACAGGACAGAACUUCCAGAAUUACCCUGACACAUCUAAACAAGGUUUUGGGGAUCUUGAAUACCGUAACACAAUGGGUGACACUCGUAAUACAGGCUUCCAUGGAUCUGAGGACGCUCCAUAUGCCUCUGCAUAUGACAAUACUGUUUUGGAAAGGGAUCCUUAUCCUGAUCCACAUGCAUCUGAUACUGAUCCGUAUGAUAAUCAAAAUGACCCAUCCUACAGUGACCCUUAUGUGACAACACGAGUUAAUGAUUAUCAGUAUGAUGAUUAUAGAGAACAACCUCUACCAUAUACAAGAGUAUCUUUGCCUCCCAGAACAUCUGCCACGUCUCACUCAUCUGAAAAUUACAGAGAUGCAGAGGAAGAUUUUAACCGGGAAGGGAUUCCAAGGCAUGAUGUUUUUCAUAAAGACAUGAUGUCCAGUUACCAGCCAAACCAGAGAUUUUCACCAGGCAGGCUCAACAGGGCUCAUUCAUCUCACUUAAUUGAAAGGAGGCGAGACCUGACACCACCACCACAGAUGAAGCCUCAUGAUCUAGAUUAUCACUCAAGACCAAUUCAUCUUUCUGAAAGAUUUCUUGGUGAAUCUAGCUUACGUGAAAGAGACCUAGUACCUCAAAUAUUUGAUUAUCAAGCCAAGCGCGCCAGGCUAGACCGUGAUCGUAUUUCACCUCCUUCAGAAAGGGGUCUAUACGACUCGAGACAGCCAUCAUUAGAUGUUAAUACAGCAGGCUUGUCAGCAGAAAUACUAAAAAAGAUUAGAGGAAAGGAUUUGUUUACCGUGUCAGCAAUACUUGCCGAAUAUGCAGAAACACAGAAGUUGAAAUAA